AGUGCGGUCGUUGUUACGCUCGCUCGCAGCACAUGCUAUAUCUACAUAACUGUUUUUUUGGCUUAUCAGCUGCAAGUGCAUAUGCAAAUAAAAAGCUUAACUUGUCAACCAAAGCAAAGCAAACUAAAUUGACAGCAAAUUAAGUGCCAGUGUCUAAAACUAAAACUAAAACUAAACUAAGCUGUCGGCAUUACAAAUCGCUGCCGCUGCCGCUGCACCUGUUUCCUGCUGUUGCAACAGAUGCGUCGGAAUCGAAGUAUCGCAUAAUGCGGCACGUACGCGCCUUUGGCUACGCAUAAAAAUGCGUUUUGUGUUUUGUUAAGUGAAGUGCAGACGAUAAAGCUAAUGCAAACCAAGAAAACAAAACAAAACGAAUAGAAGAAAAACAUAAAGCUAAAAAAACAACUAAAACGGCCUUGUCUAUUUGAGUGUUUGUGCCUCUGCCCCUGCUCUCAACUGCAAUCCAUCAAAGUCAGCCUAUAAAUUUUUUAUUGGGAUUAUACGCAUUUGGAUACGUCGACGGAAAAACUUUACAAAGAUGCUAAAACACGUACAAAUUUCGCCGUUGCGCAAUCGCUCGGACUCUUUAUCGCUGCGCUCAGCGAGCAAUGCCAGCUCUUGCGCCAGCUCCAUGUGCGGCAGUCCAGAGCCACCCACAGAUAUGCUGCGCACCACCUCACGCGCCUCCAGCUACUCCAGUCUGAAUGAGCAGCUGCCACAGACCACCAUCAAAGUGUACACAAACUGCCUGAAGAUUGACAUUGAAUACAAGACGCUGGGCAUACAAUGGGACACGACUAGCAAGGAGGUCAUAGCACAGCUGCUAAGACGCUUGAAGAUGCGUCAUCGCGAUCCGCGGCUUUUCUAUCUCUCCAUGGAGGUGGCACAAAGACGCGCCGGCGUGAAGACCAUACUCGUGCUGGAUGAGGACACACGUCCGGCUAUAUUGCAGGCCUGUCAUCCCAAGGGCGAGUCACGCUUCUGCCUGCAGCUGAAGCCGGGCGGCCUCAUACGCGUGCACACUUCAGCGCUGCAGCCAACGUCGCAGUACAAGUCGCUGGUCAUCAGCGAGGAGACCAACUGCGAUGAGCUGCUGCAGCUGCUGCUGGGCUGCUACAACUCGCUGGAGCCCGUGGAGCACUUCUCGCUGUACGAAGUGUGUCCGGGCCAGGAAUGCCAGCGCAAGCUGCACGCCGAUGAUUUUCCGCUGCGUGCGCAGGCGGAGCGACUGCGUCGUGGCGAGAACUGUCACUUCCUGGUGCGGCGCACGCCCAACUAUGCGCGACGUCGUCAGCUGCUGGCCAAUUUGAAUGAGGCGAUUAAUCAGUCGACGACUAGUGUGAGCAGCGCUGCUGUGGAGGAUGCAGACGCGGCAAGCUUGCUGGAGCUAUCGCUCGAGUCGGAGCUGUCGCUGCCCGAAGAUUUGCGCAGCUGCAGCAGCAGCAGCGAAGAUGCUGAAGAUGAUGAAUGCGCCAGCAGCUCUGGCUCAUCGGACAACUCCACAGAGUGCACGCUGCGUCGCGAUUUCUUUCAACGCAGCAGCGCGCCGCCAGCUGCCGCCAGAGCCAGCACAGCGUCUGCCACUUCAGCUUCACCCCCCACACGCGCCUACAGUCCAGUCUACAAUAUACGCGAAAUACGCACGGCUACGCACUCGUUUAGCUCGCUGGGCAAGGACAAGAAGCUGCUGGACAUUCACAUGCAUGCGCGCUAUGCGCCCUCGGGCAUCUACAGUCGACUGCUGCCUGUGGCGGAGGUGGACACUGCGCUGGAUGUGAACGGAAAUGCGUCGGCGGCUAAUCUGACAGCAGAGGCGGUGAACAAUAAUCCAGCUCAAGGGCUGGGACACUUUGUUUAUUUGUAGUGGGCGCGGCGCCAGUCAAGCGACCCACUUGUACAUAAUGUAGAAAGUUACAAACAACAAAAUCCCCCAAAAACGUUACCGUUUGGACCAAAGAUGCAUUUGUAGGCUAAGUUAAUGAAUUAGUUUAAAUUUAGUUAAGUUACACAAGAGUCUAUAACUUGCAGCUUUAGUUUGUCUGACUAGAGCCAAGCUAAGUCGUAGCAUAUCUUGUAUGGCAGCUAACCAUUAAUUAAUACAACCAAAUAAUACUUUUUUAUAAUUAAAAUACAC